AUGGCCUGGAUGGACAGACAUAAUCUAACAAUAUUGAAUGAAUUCAUCCUCACGGGGAUCACGGCUGUCCCGGAGCUGCAGGCACCCUUAUUUGCACUCUUCCUCGUUGUUUACAUGGUCUCCGUGGUGGGUAACCUGGGCUUGAUCAUCCUCACCAAGAUGGACUCCAGGCUACAGACACCCAUGUACUUUUUACUCAGACACCUGGCUUUCACUGAUCUCGGUUACUCAACUGCUGUAGGGCCAAAAAUGCUAGUAAAUGUUGCCGCAGAUCAACAUAUAAUCUCCUAUAAUGGGUGUGCUACCCAACUCACUUUCUUCAGUAUGUUUAUCACUAGUGAACUUUUCAUUCUAUCAGCCAUGGCCUACGACCGCUAUGUGGCCAUCUGUAACCCUCUACUCUACACAGUCUUCAUGUCACCAAAGACAUGUCGGUUGCUGGUGGCAAUCCCCUACGUCUACAGUGUCUUUUUGUCUUUGCUGGUCAUCAUUAAAAUUUUCACUUCAAUUUUUUGUGGCUAUAAUGUCAUCAGGCAUUUCUACUGUGAUUGUCUGCCAUUGAUAUCUUUGCUGUGCUCAGACACACAUGACAUUAAAUUGAUAAUUCUCAUCUUUGCAUCUUUUAAUUUGGCUUCCUCACUUCCAAUUGUCCUUGUGUCCUACCUUCUGAUCCUUGGCGCCAUCCUCAGGGUGAACUCUGCAGAGGGCAGGCGCAAGGCCUUCUCCACCUGUGGGUCUCACCUGGCAGUCAUAGUCAUCUUCUAUGGAACCUUAUUCUUCAUGUAUGUGCAGCCCAAGUCCAGUCAUUCACUUGACACUGAUCAAAUGGCCUCUGUGUUUUACACGCUGAUAAUCCCCAUGCUGAAUCCCAUGAUCUACAGCUUGAGGAACAACGAGGUUGCACGGCUGCUCCUCUCUGUCUUGCGGAAGCAAGUGGUCACUGGACGCGACCAGAGGCAGCAGAUGCAGCAGCUGAAGCGGGCUCAGGAGUCGUUGGAACAACUGGUCCAUGCCAUGGAAAACGCAUUGGAAGUCCAGGUAGGCUCUCCGUUUUCCUCCCGCCCUGCUUCAGGACCCCAGAGCCCAAUGCAAGUCGUGCUCCAGGCCCGCCCGGUAAUCAGCCCGUGUGGUCUGGACAGACCCAGGGGAGCUGCCGGAGGUGGUCAGCAAAUGGUCCACGUACACGGAGCUGGGCAAAUCGUCAGGGAGAUGGGCAUGCGCCAGAUGAUCUUUCGGGAGCGCUAUAAUAGCCCUGAUGAGGCAGUGCUCACCACACGGAUGAAGGACCUGAUCCUUACAUCCAGCCCGGCAGGCUCCUUUGGCCCAUUGGCUGCCAUUCUGACCCCCUUUGUGGAACGCUGCAUUCAUGAGGUCACAACGGCUAUGGCUGGGCUGGGUGACGUGGAGAUCCGGCGGAAGGACAAAGUGAGAGAGUAG